AUGCCGCCCCCUCGGAAGCCUCAAACAGGCGCAGCCUCAAAAGAGGAAAACAUAUAUAUUCCAUCCUUCAUCAGUAAACGGCCUUUCUAUGCUGGGGAAGAAGGCGACGACGACAACGACUACCUGAAGCAUCAGCGUCGAGAAGAAAAAAAUGAAAAGGCGCAAUGGUACGAUCGCGGGAAGAAGGCUGGGCCAGCGGCAACAAAGUACCGAAAAGGCGCGUGUGAGAACUGCGGAUCACUGACCCACAAAGCCAAAGACUGCCUAAGCCGGCCAAGGGCGAAAGGAGCGAAAUGGACGGGCAAGGACAUUCAGGCAGACGAAGUCAUUCAAGAUGUCAAGCUGGGAUGGGAUGCAAAACGAGAUCGUUGGAAUGGCUACGACGCUAGGGAGUAUCGCAGAGUGGUGGACGACUUCCAUGAAAUGGAGGAGCUACGGAAGCAAGCAAAAAAUGCGAUAGCCGGCGAUGAUGAUGAUGAUGAAGAGGCAAAGGAUGAUGGUGAUAAAUACGCUGAAGAAAACGACAUGAGCAAGCACCAAAGCACAGCUACAAGACAACUUCGAAUACGAGAAGACACCGCCAAGUAUCUACUGAAUCUCGAUCUUGAAUCUGCGAAAUACGAUCCCAAAACCAGAGCACUUGUCAAUUCUGGCGCAACAGCAGAUAAAGCAGCCGACUUGUUUGCAGAAGAAGGGUUCAUGCGAUCCUCGGGAGAUGCCGGCGAGUUUGAGAAGGCGCAAAGAUAUGCAUGGGAAGCCCAGGAAAAGAGCGGAGAUACCACCCAGCAUUUACAGGCGAAUCCGACGGCCGGUGCAUUUUAUCGUAAGAAGCAGGCGGAUGAGGCGGAAGAAAAGCGUAUUGAACGUGAACGAGAACUAUUGGAGAAAUACGGGGGCGAAGCGCAUAAAGCAAUGCCUGCUGCGCUGCGCAAUAUGGCCAUGUCAGAAUCCGAGACAUUUGUCGAGUACGAUGAGGCAGGCCUCAUCAAGGGUGCGCCGCUAAGGGGCGUGAAAUCCAAGUACGCAGAAGAUGUAUUGAUCAACAACCAUACAUCAGUUUGGGGUAGCUGGUGGUCGAAUUUCAAAUGGGGUUAUGCGUGUUGCCACUCUUUCAUCAAAAACAGCUACUGUACUGGCGAGGAAGGCAAAGAAGCAUGGGAAGCUGCUGAGCGCCAGCGGUUUGGAGCCCCCGUGAUGGAACAAGAGACCGAAUCAUUACCUGGAGAGAGCGAAGAGGCUGAACUAGGAACGAUUCCGAAAGAUGCGGGAAGCAGGAAGCGUACGCAAGCAGAGAUGUUAAACGGAGUGUCAGAGGCCGAAUUGGAUGAAUACCGUCGGAAGAGGACUGUUGCUCAGGAUCCGAUGGCAAAUCUACUAGGUAAAGACGAGCUGUUAAGCUAA